GUGCGGUCCGGGCCGGGACAACAUGGCUACGGUGUUUCGGCCCCUGGAAAGGUUGGGGGCGCCGCGUCCUUCGUUGCAUCCCGGGGUGACAGGCUCAGGCUCCGCCUGCGGCCGCUGCACUCUCGGAGCUAAAAGAUACCUACUCACAGACAGCAUUGUGAAACUGAAGGAAUUCCAACAGAAGAAAGUGGCUAUUGCAUAUAACCUUCCCAGCACCAAAGCCAUCUAUUUCAGAAACUUGGAGGAGAAAUUGACCCAGAACAAGCUCAUCUUGAAGGAAGAGUUGAAAACCGUGCUCCACUUGUGCCAGUCCCGGGAAGAUGCGGAACUGGUGAAAACUGUCAUUUACAGGUACCAUGCAGAGAACAGAAACUUCACUGUGGGAGAAUAUAAGUUUGGACCAGUUUUCAUGAGGUUGUGCUACGAGCUGGAUCUUGAGGACUCUGCAGUGGAGCUCAUCAAAGAUAAGCAUUUACGAGGCUUCUUCCUGGACUCCACGUCAUUCAAUAUUUUGAUGGAUAUGUUAUUUACCAAAGGCAAAUAUGAAAGUGCCCUGGAAGUAUUGAUUGAAAUGAAAAACCAAGAUGUGAAGUUCAGCAGAGACACCUACAUCCUUGCGUUUGCAGUUUGCUACAAAUUGAACAGCCCGGAAUCUUUUAAAAUUUGCACAACUUUAAGAGAAGAAGCCUUACUUAAAGGAGAUGUCAUCUCCAGGAGAGCAUCCUGUUUUGCGGUGGCAUUAGCUCUGAACCAGAACCAGGUGGGAAAAGCCAUGUCCAUUUAUUCUCAAAUCAUGAAUCCAGAGAGUAUAACCUGUGCUAACUUAAAUAUUUUAAUCCAUGUCCGGUCAAAUAGGUUGGAAAACCUGGUAAAGAUCUUACAGGACACUGUUGACAGAAGUGUAUCGAUGUUUGUGAAAAGACACGCGUUCUCAGAGGAAGUGCUGGCCAAGGUGAGGGACAAACUGAAGAACAAUCCCACACUUGCGGCCAGAUUUGAUGAGGUCUAUGGGAAGCUGCACGUUAACGGGCUGGUCACUGUUUACACAUUGGAUGCUCUGCUCUGCCAUGUUCCCCGGGACAAGAAAUCCAACACAAUGCUGUUAAAGAAGAGGACAGUCAGCCGACGGACCUUACAACCUCUCAGCCAGUCCCUGCUGACUGAGUAACUGUGUUUUCAGCCUCCCAGGUGAGGAGCUGCCGUGGAUGAAUCAUUGGCUUCUCUGAAUUCCGUGGCACUGUGCUAACGCCUGGUCUCCCUACGUCCCAAGUCCCCUGGGUGGUGACUUGCCAAUCAAAGAGAUGUGAAGAGCUAGCUCAAGCAAGGGAAGCACCGUUGCCACAGAAAGGCAGCUUCCCCUAUGUCAGCCACACCAGACUAAGGGCCACAGCCACUAACGCAGCCCAGCACCAGAGCGACACUCAGAAAGUACCUGCAGGAGGAAUUUCCCGUGGUCUCGUCAACCUUGAGUGACCUUUCACAGGAGAGAUGCCUUGCAAGGGAUGUCCUCGCUGAAUUCGAGAAAUCUGAAACCCUCUUCUACCAUGGAAACGGUCAAGGCCUUCUCUCAUUUCUGCCGUCAUUUCCCCAUCUACAAAGUAAUAUUGCCCGUGUGUGCUGGGAUGAUCUGACACUUUCAUUCAGGGUUCGGUAGAGUUAAUCUUUCUCCAAAACAAGAAAUAAAAGGUACCUGCACAGA